CAUUUCCAAUGACGCUCCACCCACAGGAAGUGCUUCUUCCAACGACCUUCGAUUCACUUCAAGUUACGGUUUCCAGCAAGAACGCAGCAUGGCGAAUAAAGAUCCCGGUGUUUGCUAGGGUAGUUGAGGCAGAAUGGGCUCUGGUUCAAGGGGUGUAGGUGUCGGGGUCAAGCUGCUUAUAGGGGCAGGAGCACUUGCCUAUGGAGUCAAGGAAGCCACAUACACAGUGGAAGGUGGUCAGAGGGCCAUCAUCUUCAACAGGAUUGGUGGGAUGCAGAUGGACACGGUACUCGCUGAGGGGCUCCACUUUAGGAUACCAUGGUUCCAGUACCCUGUCAUCUAUGACAUAAGGGCGAGACCAAGAAAGAUAUCGUCCCUAACCGGAAGCAAAGACCUGCAGAUGGUGAACAUCGCUCUGCGUGUGCUGUCCCGUCCUGUGGCCUCCAACCUGCCUGCCAUGUACCAGCAGCUGGGAAAGGAUUACGAUGAGAAGGUGCUGCCCUCCAUCGUCAAUGAGGUGCUGAAGAGUGUUGUGGCCAAGUUCAACGCCUCGCAGCUCAUCACACAGAGAGCUCAGGUGUCCCUGAUGAUUCGGCGGGAGCUCUUUGAACGGGCCAAGGACUUCAACAUCAUCCUGGACGAUGUGGCCAUCACCGAGCUGAGCUUCAGCAGAGAGUACACUGCCGCAGUGGAAGCAAAGCAAGUCGCCCAGCAGGAGGCGCAGAGGGCCUUCUUCUAUGUGGAGAAAGCCUUGCAGGACCAGAGGCAGAAGAUUAUCCAGGCUGAAGGAGAGGCAGAGGCUGCUAAAAUGUUGGGUGAGGCGGUGACAAAGAACCCUGGCUACCUGAAACUCCGGAAGAUCCGAGCGGCUCAGAACAUUGCCAAGACGGUGGCGACAUCGCAGAACAAGGUGUACCUGAGUGCAGAUAACCUGGUGUUGAACAUCCAGGACAACACAAGCAACAGCUUCAGCAAUUUGAGCAGGUUGGGAGAAAUAGGCUGGACGAGCCCUGAAAUUAUCAGCAAGGCUGUUCAAGCGACGCUUCCAGAGAUUGAGGAAGAAUUGAAAACCCCUGAGUCAGCCAGUGUUCCUGCGACGCUUCCAGAGAUUGAGGAAGAAUUGAAGACCCCUGAGUCAGCCAGUGUUCCUGUGAUGUUUCCAGGGAUUGAGGAAGAACAUGAAUUGAAGUUCCAUGAGAUGGUCGUUGUUCCAGAGACAUGGAGUGAGGCAGGAGAAUACCCGGUUCCCCAUAUUGCGGCGGCAGGUCCUGGGGAACUGGAGCAAAAUGGCGAGGCUUGAACUUAGGUUUAUCGUUGCCAAGGUAAAGGGAAGCGUCCCUGAAGAGUGUAUGCAUUCCAUAUCUUCAAUUUGAGCCAUCUCUACACAUUAUACCUUUUCAACACUGGUCCUGGAAGACCCCUAUGCAUACAGGUUUUUCUGUCUAGUCAUUCACUUGAAUUAUGUUCAAUUUUUCUUUGAAAUGGCUUUCCACAUAUGGUAUCAUGUUACAGUUGCCUGGCUUUACCUCGUAUUUAAAUGUAAUGAUCUACAGAUUAAUAGAAACCGGAUUGUACCGGGGUCCUCACGGACCAGCACGAAGGAGCACUUACUUGUAAGGACCAGUGUACCAUUUCUACAAAGUGUCUAUCUCCUUGUCACAGUGCUUAGCUCUUGGCCUGUAUUCACAGAGCCUCAGAGUUGGUGUGCUGAUAUACAGUAGCAUUAGUUUAGCCUUAGAUUAUAUGGAAAGGGGGACCUGAUCUCAGAUCAACGCUCUUUCUCUGAGAUGCUUUUUGGAUGUGGGCCCUGGUUUGAGUUAACUCCAUAGUGGCACUAAAUCAACACAGCAGAUGCAACCCAGUGGUUUCUUACUCUCCACAAGUGUCAUCACCACCCUGCCUUUAUAUUAUUUCGUUAAAUUUACAUGUGACAACGUCAUGCAUUGGAGAGCCAACCAUAGAUCCUACUCUGACAUUUCUAGGAGACGGGCUCCUCUGUACUUUUACUAUAUUUGUGUUCUGUAACACUCAACAUAAGCAGUUUUUGUCCUGGUUAUACCUCUGUUUCAUACCUGUUGAAAGUGUCAUGCUGGAUCUUCACGAAGUGUCAUGAAUGAAUACCAAUGAAUCUUAAUGUCUGUGUCACGAAACAUGUUACUCCAACGUAAUGCGUCUAAUUGUCAUGCAAAUAUUUAUUUUCUUUGGUUCAUGUUUCCCCCCUUUUAAUAAAAAAAAAAAUAAAAUCACCGUAUUUCAAA